UUGAACUUUGCUUGAACUCUUGAGAUUGAGUUAAGUUCUCCUCCUACAGCUUACCCCCUAAUGCGUCGAAAGCCAUAGCGUCGCGAAUACUUCAUCAAUCAACAUGAUUCAAAUUGGGAACGGUAGCUGAGAUAAAGAGCUACAACAUAUCCAAGUUUCGCGACAUUCCAACGGCUAGGUUUUCGUCGACGUCGUUUCUUGUGAAGACGACUUUUCUGUCCAGAAUUUCGGAUUUAUAUUUUGAGUAAUUCUAGCUCCUAAGUUCACCUAGACUCCGUCCUUAAUCCUAACAAGUGGCAUCAGAGCAAUAUUAAGGACAUUGAGAGGAGUCUACAGAAGUUUGAAGACCCUUCUAGACCCACCAUGGCCUGUGGGUGUGCCUAAGUGGUGUUCUAAAGGUUGGAUGUGUCUUCCGCUAAGGGGAAACUCUGCCGAAAUUUCGUGGACGCCGACACUUGUGAAAAUAUCGAGGGAGCUGAGUGUGGACAGCAAAGGGGGGCUGAAAUUCGUCAUUUCUCAAGGAGAAGAUGAAUGAGAGAGGAGGAGAUGCUAAUGGAAGAGGAGCUGUAGCUGAGAAGACAAGUGAACCGCCGCCAUCAAAAGUUGAAGCUUUGGAUGGCUCCAACUAUGAGGAAUGGAGCGGACGGAUGAGAAGUGCCUUCAAACGCUACAAGCUACUGAAGAUUGCUGUUGGGGAAGAGAAGAUGCCGGAAGAAGGCGAAGCACGUGAACGGUGGAUUGAGAAAAGCACGGUGCUUUUCGACCUCAUCCUUCAAUCGGUCAACAAGGAGAUGUUCGAGCACAUCAAGGAUCUUGUGGAAGCGGAUGAUUCGGGUCCAAGGGCGUGGAAACUACUACGCGAUAAGUUGACAGUGUCAAGGGAUGUGAAGUUUCUUGAGUCCCUGUACUACAAGGAAUGGAAGCAGCAGCAACAGAAGCUUCCAUCUACACCGCUCAUUGUGGAGGCGGAUGAGGUGCAGCGGCCUUCAAGACAGGUAGAGGUUGCAGUGUCAGAGGAGGAGAUGUCUGGGGUGACUGAGGAAGGGGGAGCAGCUGAAGUAGAGCAGCAGCAGCAGCAGCAUGAGUCUCCACCUCGAGUUCCACACCCGCCUGAGCGUCCUAGGAGGGAUGUGCGCCCUCCAGUGAGGCUGACCUAUGGGGGAAGAGGCAAGCCGAAUGUGGUGCAGGCUGGGAGUGUGGUUGAGCAGAUUGAGGAAGAUGAGAUCGCUCACUGCUACUGGGCACCAAUCCCUGAGCCCAAGACUCGAGAAGAGGCCUUGAAUGGACCAAAUGGGGAGAAGUGGAAGGCGAGUGAGGAUGAGGAGUUUGGGUCCCUGAUUGAGAACGAGACAUGGGACCUGUGUGACUUGCCUCCUGGAAAGAAGGCAAUCACUUCCAAGAUGAUCUACAGGCACAAGUAUGGACCUGAAGGGGAGCUGACCCGAUACAAGUCUAGGCUUGUGGCAAGGGGGUUUCAGCAGACAAAAGGGAAGGACUAUGAUGAGGUGUUUGCUCCUGUGGGGAAAGGAACAACACUGAGGGUGCUGUUGGCGAUAGCUGCACUCCUGGGAUGGAAGAUACGGCAGAUGGACAUUGUGACUGCCUUUCUGAAUGGGAUCAUUCUGGAGGAGGUGUAUAUGAAGCAGCCAGAGGGGCUGGAUGAUGGGAGCGGCAGGGUCUGCAGGCUGAAGAAGGCCAUCUAUGGCCUUAAGCAGGCGCCUCUUGGUCAGGAGGAGCCGACAGUUGUGUUCUGUGACAAUGAGUCUGCUGUGAAGCUCGCCAAGAAUGCUUGUUUGCAUGGGCUGACAAAACACAUAAGGCCUAAGUGGCACUGGGUGAGGAGACUCCUUGAUAAGGAGGUGCGGCUGGAGAUAGUGAAGACCCAUCAGCAGGCAGCAGAUAUUUUCACCAAGCAUUCUUGAACUUUGCUUGAACUCUUGAGAUUGAGUUAAGUUCUCCUCCUACAGCUUACCCCCUAAUGCGUCGAAAGCCAUAGCGUCGCGAAUACUUCAUCAAUCAACAUGAUUCAAAUUG